UGCCGUGGGCUUCACCCUCCUGCGUGUUCAGGAGGCGGGAGGCUGUUGCUGCUGCUUUCUCGGGGUGGUCUUAAUGACAUAUUCAUACUUCUAAGAGCACAAACUGGCUAAAAAGUGAAGUCAGACGUUUCAUACGUUUCGUUUGGUUUCAAUGGAAGCUGAUGGUUUUUUAAAUAGACGGCGGAUGUCAGCGGAGGCCCCCGGCGGAGAUGGUGGCGUCGUAGGAGCUUCGGCUGGGGCAGAGAUUCGAUGGCUGGGCGGCAGGAUUUGGGGAGUUUCUGAUGGGAUUGUUGGCAGCCUGUCCCCUCGGAUCGGGAGCGAGUCAGAGCUGCAGACUGUCCAGUUGCACGGCUUUCCGGAAGUCAUCGAAAAUACCGAGCCGGACUACGAGGGUCUGCCGCAGGGCGCGUCUACCAGCACCCACAUGCUGGCCGGGGCCGUGGCAGGGAUCAUGGAGCACUGCUUGAUGUUUCCCAUCGACUGCGUCAAGACCCGGAUGCAGAGCCUUCAACCAGACCCAGCUGCCCGCUACAGCAACGUGAUGGAGGCGCUGUGGCGUAUCGUCAGGACGGAGGGAGUCUGGAGGCCCAUGAGGGGCCUGAACAUCACAGCAGUGGGGGCCGGGCCCGCCCACGCACUAUACUUCGCCUGCUACGAGAAGCUGAAGAAGACAUUGAGUGAUGUCAUCCACCCUGGAGCAAACAGCCAUUUGGCUAACGGAACUGCCGGAUGCGUGGCCACGUUGCUUCACGAUGCCGCCAUGAACCCAGCUGAAGUGGUGAAGCAGAGGAUGCAGAUGUACAACUCUCCAUACCGCAGCGUUUUAGACUGUAUGCGGGCAGUGUGGCAGAAGGAGGGCGUGGGGGCCUUCUACCGGAGCUACACCACCCAGCUGACCAUGAACGUGCCCUUCCAGGCCCUGCACUUCAUGGCUUAUGAGUACCUCCAGGAGUUACUCAACCCCAACAGACAGUACAACCCCCCUUCUCACAUGGUGUCCGGGGCGCUGGCGGGGGCGCUGGCUGCUGCAGCCACCACCCCACUUGACGUUUGCAAGACGCUCCUGAACACCCAGGAGACUCUGGCACUACACACGCUCAACUCUGGUGGACACAUCUCAGGCCUGGCCCAUGCCUUCCGGACGGUGUACAGGCUGGGUGGCCUGCCCGCCUACUUCAAGGGCGUGCAGGCCCGCAUCAUCUACCAGAUGCCCUCCACGGCCAUCAGCUGGUCUGUCUACGAAUUCUUCAAGUACGUCAUCACCAAGCACCACCACGAGAAGAGGAAGCGGGAGCGUGACAGCGAGAAGUAGUGCCUGAGUCAGACUGAAUGAAACCUUACAAACGCACAGAAUCCCAAAGCCUCCCCCUCCCCCACGCUGAUGUGAAGAGGCUUCCUCACAAGCUUAAACAAGCCAGACAUUUAUUACAUCCAGUUACUGAAUAGUGGUCAUUUGAGCCAUUGUCAAAAGAUUGCACUUAACGUUUUGAGCUCCAAAGUUAUUUUAACGAAUGUUUAAAAAAAAAAAAACCUAAUAAAAAAUACACUGCAGACCUUAAGCCAACAGGGAAGUCUGGCUGCAGUCAGUGAAUUUAUGUACCUGAAAGGCCGAAUAAAUGCUGUGUGACCUUGUAGGGUCUUACAUGUACACGCAUGUCAGAUCAUGUUUCUGUCCAUUUUCUCAGAAGCCAGAUUGCUUGGCACAGAUGGUGACAUCAGAACAAAAAUGCUGCUGUUCUUUUUCUUAAUAAACGCAACCCUUUUAUGUAAAUGUUACGGAGGAAAUAAUUGGAGUUGAGGAGAAUCAGUCCCAAACUGGAAGCCAUACUUCUGGUGAAAAAUCUUGUAAUCAAAAGUUGUGUAUUGAGUUUUCAUCUGACCACACCCACCAAUGUGUCAUCCACCAAUGAGGUUGCCGUGAAGUGCAUGGCACUGAUUGUGGUGCCUUAGCCUGUACCACUUAGCCCUCCAGCAUGUCUGUGAUCUAAUUGGCCAGAGCCUCCAACAUGUCUGUGAUCUAAUUGGCCAUGCCUGCUGCCAGUGACCUAUGAACAUGCUCUGUGUGGCUUGGGGGCUGCUCCUUCAAGUAACCACCUGUUCACAUAUUCAUCUGUUUACUUUUGAUUUCUUGGCCGCCCGUACCACUUCAUAUUUAAACUGUAUUAAGAUGUGUGCAGAUGAGCAUAGGAGAUUUGACCAGUUUAUAGGCCUGGUUAUAUUUUCUGGUUUAUUAGUGGUUUCAGCCACAAUGGAGUGAUGCUCUCAUUGGACAUGUUACUAUUUUUUUUAUUGUACACAGCAUUUCUCACUGGGACGCCACCCUGUAGUAAAGAUUGCUGUGUUUCCCAUCCCGGAUUUUAAUUUCAGCCUGAGCCAUCUCCCUGUUCACACACCUUUUUUCUGAUUGGGCACAGAUGUAAAUGAUGCAUUUGUCGUUCUGUUACUCUCAUAAUGUGGCCACUUCAUCAUUGACGGACCUGAAAUAAUUUCUGACCUCUCUGUAACGUUUGUCUGCUGUCAAUAAACUGUCAGUCACAGGCUUCCCCAAGCUGCUUGACCAAGCUG